UCUUCGAGGUCUCUCGCUUGUAAGAAAUGUGGGAAAGGAGCACUUCCUGUUUAGCGAUUUUCUCUCCAGGAAAAAUGGUGCAGGAGGAGCAGUUCAGAAUUACGCCUGGAGUUAAUAAAUAACAUUUCCGCCUCAUUUUGAUGGAUGCCAGAGACAAGCAGGUUCUGCGCUCCUUGCGCCUGGAGCUGUGUGCAGAGCUGCUGGUUGAGGGCCUUAUCAUUCAAUAUCUUUAUCAAGAAGAAAUUCUAACAGACAAUCAUGUGCAAGAAAUAAGGGCCCAAGUUACUAAUCAACGGAAAACUUUGGUGCUUCUUGACAUCCUUCCAACAAGAGGGCCUAAGGCAUUUGAAGCAUUUCUAGAAUCCUUACAAGAAUUUCCAUGGGUGAAAGAAAAACUUGAAUCAAAGCGCAAUGAAAUUAUGCUACUGACUCCUGCAGAUGACCAGCUACUCAGAUUUCCACAACAGAUUUUGAAGAAACUGCCAUCCGAUCAACAGAUUAGUAAACUUGCUCAGAGACUUGGACCUGAAUGGGAGUGCAUUGUAUUAUCUCUUGGCUUGAGCCAAAAAGACAUUUACUGUUGUAAAGUCAACCACCCAUACAAUAUCCAAUCACAGAUUGUAAGUGCCUUCAUUUUAUGGAGGCAGCGUUUAGGGAAUAAAGCUACUACGGAGAGUCUGUGCACUGGUUUGAAAUUUGGAGAAGUAGAUUCUUCAGUAAUCCAGCAACUGCUUCAAUGAGCUUCUAAACUGGAUUGAAUCGAACCAAAGGCCCAUUCCAUAUUCUGUCUCCACAGUGCUCACUCAGAAAUUAUGGAAAGUCUACAUCUUGGCAUGACUUUAGCAACUACCCAGUAUUCUCACUCACAUUGCCUACCAAUUGGCUUUAACAUGCGAAUGUUGAUUGUUGCAGCAGGUAUAUUGCCAUCAUGAUCAGUGUUGGUAACCUUUUCCUCUAUGGAGUCUCCAAAUGCCAUGCCUUCAUAUGGCAAAGCCACGUUUAAGAUCAGAUACUGUGGAGGAGGUUUUGGUAUUGCAUGAGAUCCUAUCGUGUGGAUGAGAAAUUAGUGUUGACAACUGUACCAAAGCUGUGCAAGCCUUCCACAAUACCAAAGCACUCUCCUCUUGACAUUAAUUACCUUUAUUAAUAGCAAUAAGUUGAUCCAGUAGCAAAUCAUAAGGAAAGGGCUGUCAUCACUGAAAGCUACCAAGGAUAAUAGUCUCACUAGUAGAGAUACAAGGAAACAGAGCAGGUACUGCUUUUUUAAUGUUAGUAUCUAGGAAUGUUACAAUGUCCUGUUUAUUUUUAAAGCUUGCAUAUUGUGUAUUAUUACAACCAUAAAAAAGAACAGUCCAAAAAAGCUGCAUUUUGUUAUAUGAACUCUGAUUACUUAUUGUGUAAGUUAACUUAAGUCAUGGAUUGGAUCUGAUCUUAAUUCUUGAUGGUGUGCACUGGAGUGGUCAUAUUCUAUAUUUUAGUAUAAAAAGAUUAAUAAUACUGAUGUAUGCUUUUGCCUGCAGCUUCAUCUUAGACAAAGCGUUCUCUGCAUUUCCUGAAGUUAAUGGAUCUAAGUUUGCCUAUCUUUGCAUGUGUCAAAAAAUCUCCCCAAAUUUCUAAUUUAAAAGCAAGUAGUGAUGAAAAGCAUACUUUUUCCAACCUAUUUGUGUCAUUUUCCUCUGGAUAUGUUCAUUUGUGAUUCAAUAAUAUUGCCAAGUGUUUUCUACUUACUGGAUUGAAUUUUGCAGAUAUUCCUAAAAGCCAGUGUUCUUAUUUGAUUGCUGUCAGCUUUCAUUCCUCUUUAAAUCACUUACCACCCAAGGAUUCUCUAAUCAAGUAGAUUUUUUUCUCUAGGAAGUUGAUCCCUUGUCCUCUGCCUUCUUAAAGAUUCUUAUCAGAAUUUGUAUACAUUUUAAUUGUCCACUACUACCCUGACUCUCACCAUCCCACUCUUACCUGUUUCUAAGAUUUGUCAUAUUUUGGUAGAUUGUAAAAUGUCUCAUUUCAUUCUCCCUUUGAUUGUAUGGCCUAAUAAUUUAGAAAAGAUGUUUAUUUAUUUAGAAUACAGUGGGAUGUGAAACCCAGUUCCCUUCCAAUGCCUCAAAACUCUGUUUUGAAUCUGUUUCUCCAGAAAGCUAGCAUUAUCACCAAGGAAAGAGUUGCAAUAGUCAGGCCAAAAAAGACAAAAGGAAACUUUAAAAUGCUCUGGUGCCAUACUCCUCUUGCAUAGUAAGAAAAGGAAAUUAGAAUUAAGAGUUCAGUAAGUUUGCCUUCAAAUUAGAGUAAUCUUUAUGCUAAUCUUAUUUGCUUUAAUGUUAUUUUGAGGUUUGACAAACUUCAUUUGAACAGUGGUAUGAUAUUUUCUGAUUUUGAUUACCUAACCUGGCCUUGUAGUGAUUUCUGGGGGGGGAACCCACUUAUUUAAUCUUUUAAAUUAGUAAAUGAAACUCUUAACAAUCAGUUCUGCCACAUUCAAGGAUAAGUUUGAAUCAUUCAGUCAUUUUAAGUACUUUUUUCCUUUGUACAAAACUAUUUUAAUCUGUGUUUAAAAUUUUGCUUGUACAUUUUCCAUUAUGGAUCUCCCCCAGACGAACUUUCUCCUAUUGCUUCCUGUCCUCCCUUCAGAUGCCAUGGAGAAUAAAUUGAUGUCCUCUUCCCUGCAGCAGCUCUUCAAGUAUUGGAAUAUUGCUGUCGUGCACAUCAUCUACCUACCUGAUGCAGGUGGCAGCUUGCUUUAUUAAGCACCGGAGUUAAUCUUCAUGCCUUGAGUGACCAUUUUAGAACUAUAUAUCCUUGGCAUCAUCUCUAACAUUUGUGGCUCAUCCCUUC